AUGGUUCAAGCGCGAACAAAAGAUAUCGUAACAUUUAAUUUUUGUCUUUUUGUAGAAUAUAAAGAAUAUAAAAAUAAGGUAAAUGACUUUUAUCGUACUUCUAAUAGCGAAAACAUUAAAACAUGUAAUAAUAUUUUUCCUACAGAUGCAGAAGGACGAUUGAAUAUAAUUAAACAUUUUAAAUUAAUAAAAAAGUAUUUUAAUCAUUAUAAGAAUAAUGAAACACAUAAUAGUAAUAAAUGGUGCUCAUACAUUAACUUUUGGUUAAAUAAUGAAUUAAAGAAUGAGGAUAAUAAAUUAGGCAGCAAAAUCUUUGAUUUAUACCAAAAAUUUAUUAACUGUGAUAAUGAAAUAAAAGGAAUAACUAAAUGCGAAUCAUCUGAUAUAUAUUAUUUUGAAGAAAAUACGUUUGAUCAAGUAAAAAAAAUGUAUGAUUUAUAUGAUGACUACAUAUAUGUUGAUGCCUUUAAAACAAAUACAGAUAAUUCAAUACCUUGUUCAUAUGCUCGGGAGUUCACAGAAAAAUUUAAUAACAUAAUAGAAACGGGAGUACAUAAAAAUAAUGACCAUUUGUAUAAUGCACUACAAGAUAUUAAACAUCUGUUUGAAAAAAUCGGAUUGGCAUCUUUAAAAACGUGUGAACCGAGUAUACCAGAAUUAUUACCAAUCACAAAAGGACAAGCAGAUGAAUCGACACAAUCAAGAACACCAUCACAUUCCUUCAAUCUUACCCCUAUUUUACCUUCAACUGUGGGAAUAGUCCUUUUUUCAUUUUUUACGUAUAAGUUUACUCCACUUGGACCAUUUUUGCGUUAUCGAGUAAUGAAUAAAAAAAACACAUUAAAUGAAUUGGAGGAGAAAUCGAAAUACUUAUACAUGAUGUCGGAAAAUAAAGGAAUACUACCCGAGAACAGCAUGUUCAAUAUGCAAUAUCAUACUUUGCAAAAUCACAAAUUAGAAUAA